UUGACAACAAUACGUACUUUUACUCCGGUUUAUAUUUUUGUUAAUAUCCCAAACAUUUCAAUUAAAACCUUCUCCAAACUUACUAAGUACCUUCUAUAACUUAAAUUCCUCUCUUAAUACAUUUGUCUUCGCUUGGAAACUACAAACAUAACCUCAAAAUGUCUGAUGAUGAGAGUUUGAUUCCUGCAAAGAAAUCCAAACAGUUACAUUAUGGAUCCCUUGAGGAGCAGGAGAAGGCCCGGCUGGCCGCCAUCGCGGCUGCAGCGAGGGAAGGCGUCGAAGAUAAUGGCGGAAAGGAGCUGGGAGACAUUCAAAUUUCUAGUGAAUACAUGGAGUUGGAGGAGGAGAUGUCCCGGGACAAGAAGGCGCUGCUAGAGGAGUUCGAGCGCAGGCGGAAGGCCCGCCAACUGAAUGUAUCUACUGAUGAUGAUGAGGUCCGGAGAAGUCUAAGACAGCUGGGCGAGCCGGUAUGCCUGUUUGGAGAGGGGCCCGCAGAGAGGAGAGUCAGACUGAGGGACCUACUCAGCUAUUUAGGAGAAGAUGCGAUAAACAAGGCGUUGGAGGAGGAGGAAGCUAGGAUAGAGAGGGACAAACGCCACGAGGGCACCUGGUACCACGAGGGGCCAGCCUCGCUGCGGGACGCCAGGAUAUGGAUCGCACGGUACUCCCUGCCGCGGGCCAAACAGAGGCUGGCCCUGUCCCGCGCCGAGCGCCAGCAGCCGGGCUCCGCCCGCGCCGCCGCGCGCCAGGAGGCGCAGCGCCGGGCCGCCGCCCUCACCACCUACUGCAGCCAGAUCGGCGACACUCGGCCGAUAAGUUUCUGUAGAUUCAGCAGCGACAGUAAAAUGCUGAUCACGGCUAGCUGGUCUGGUCUGAGCAAGGUGUGGUCUGUCCCGGACUGUGUCCCGCUGCAGGUGCUGAAGGGGCACACUUGCAACGUCUCCUGCGCCGUGUUCCACCCCAGCGCUGUGAUGCCGCACCACUUCCAGGACAAGAUAAAUACAUCGAAAGAAGAGGACCCUCAAGCGAUGGAUGCUCAAAUUAGCGACGAGAGGUCGGAAGUAUGCUCUAUGGCGACCUGCGCCUAUGACGGCUCAGUGCAUCUGUGGAACUUCAAUAGCGAGUCCCCGCUGGCAUCUCUUCCCGGGCACUCACCGUCGCGCGUGGCUCGCCUGGCCUUCCACCCAUCAGGGCGAUACCUCGCCACCACGGUCUUCGAUCACUCCUGGAGACUAUGGGACUUGCAUACAGCCACGGAGGUUUUACAUCAAGAAGGACACGCUAAGCCAGUUUACAGCGUUGCAUUUCAAUGUGACGGGUCGUUGGCGGUUACCGGCGGUAUGGACGCGUUCGGCCGCGUGUGGGACCUCCGCACGGGGCGCUGCGUGAUGCUGCUGGAGGGCCACCUGGGGCCCGUGCUGGGCGUGGACUGCUCGCCGCAGGGGGACCAGCUGGCCACCGCCGCCGCCGACCACCAGGCCAAAAUCUGGGAUCUAAGAAGCAGGAGGACAUUAUAUACUAUUCCCGCUCACACGCACAUGUUGAGUGAUGUCCGUUACCAGCGAAGUCAUGGCCAUUACCUGCUCACCUCCUCAUACGACCGGAGCGCGAAGCUGUGGUCUAACCCCGGCUGGCACCCACUCCGGACCCUCUCCGGACACGACAACAAGGUGAUGUCGGCCGAUAUAUCGUUUGACAACAAGUACGUCGCGACUGCCUCCUACGACCGCACAUUCAAACUAUGGGCACCGGAUUUAGCUUAAGUUAUUGCAUAAGUUAUUGUAUUUAUAACGAAUAAAGUUGAUUACAAGUA